AGUUCUACUAGUACCACACGCCAGCGAAUUAAGAGAAAUCCCCCCUGAAUCGUACAUCUUAACAUAUAAAUGAAGACUCUCACUCUUCCACUUAAGAUUUCAAGUUAAGUAACCGUAUAGGCAAGGUAAGAUCACACAUACAGUAUAUACAGUGUGUUUGUUCUGAGUGGGUGUGUUUACUUUCUAGUUCGUUUUGGUGGAUUACAAGCACGAUGAGGAUAGCCUGUUUAGUAAUAGCGGCAUGUGCGUGCGCGUGCGUAGCAGCAGAACCAGCAAUAAAUGAAGUUAGGCCAGUAUCAAAUCGACCGGGAAGAUUCCUCUCGCUGCCAAAUCCACAAAAAUGUGCAAAUAGGCCGAAACAAUUCUUCUUCAGAGGUCACAACUAUUUCUUCAGUGGUAGCAUACCAGAGUUAGCAAAUAGGAAAGUAGACUGGUUAGAUGGUAGGAAUAUCUGCAGAGAGUACUGCAUGGACUUGGUUUCCAUGGAGACGCAAGAAGAAAAUAAUAUGAUAUUUAGACUGAUUCAACAAAAUGAUGUUCCAUACAUCUGGACCGCCGGUCGGUUAUGCGACUUCAAAGGAUGCGAAAACCGUCCCGAUCUCGAACCUAAGAACAUCUUCGGAUGGUUCUGGUCCAACAACAGAGAAAAGAUCCAACCCACCAACAGAACUCCCAACGGCUGGAGCUACAAUCCAUGGUCCCAAACCGGACACAAGAAACAACGACAACCGGACAACGCUGAAUUCGACAUCAACAGAACAUCAGAAUCUUGUUUGUCCAUCUUGAACAACGUUUACAACGAUGGUAUCGCAUGGCACGAUGUAGCCUGCUACCAUGAGAAGCCUUUCGUUUGCGAAGACUCCGAUGAAUUGUUGAACUAUGUGUCAUCCACGAAUCGUGGAAUUCGUUUGUAAUUUUUGACUUUUUCCUUAGGAUUGUUAUAGUUUUCAAGAUUUUUAUAAAAAGAAAAGAAUCAAAACGGAAAAUGGUAAUACAAGAGAUACCUACAAAGAACAAAGCAUAUUUAAUAUGAGAUUGUUUAUCAUAACCCAUCGGUCAAUAAGUCCAAAGUUUAACUAGGAAAACAAUAAUUUUUUUUAAAAAUUAUUCUUUAUUCAUCAAAAUAAUCUCCACGGAAUUUUACCACGCUGGACAGGCAGGAAGUGAGAUGCAAUUUAUAAAUCUCCCCUAUCCUUCUUCGUUUCCAGCAUUUGUUUGGUUUGUAAAUUGUAGAAACCACGAAGGCGAUACCAAAAAAUCGGUCUCAAUAAAAGUUUUAUUUUUGAUAUUUUUAAUUUUAUUAAAAUAAAACUUUCAAGUGCAAAAUAAUCUCCUUUAGCGGUGAUAUAAUCAUUCCAACGUUUUUCUAAUUUUUUGAUGCUGUCCUUGGAAAACGAUUUAUCUUUGUCUUCAAAAUAGGCUUUAACUUCAGCGAUUACUUCCUCAUCGGAACGAUAUCUCUUGCCACGGAGCAUCUUUUUAAGAUCGGAAAAAGGUAGUAAUCGCUGGGAGCCAGAUCUGGACUAUACGGUGGAUAUGGAAGCAAUUCAAAGUCCAAUCCGUGCAUUUUUGCCAUCGUUUUCAUCUACUUGUGACACGGUGCAUUGUCUUGCUGAAACAACAAUUUUUCUUCAACAAAUGAGGCCUUUUGUUUGCGAUUUUGCUUGUAUAUGAUAAAGCCUUGUCGGCGCGGCGGUUUGUUGCGCCUUUGGUUGCUUUGGACGGUUUUCUCCGGGUGCUAUCCAGUCAGGUGACUACGGAUUUGAUUCCGGUGAAGUAAUGAAACCAUGUUUUAUCCAUUGUAUUAUACAGAUCAAAAACUCCAGCUUAUCCCGCUUAAAUAUGUUCAAACCGCGCCGAUAUUCAUCAAGUCGUUGUGGUUUUUGCUCUGGUGUGAGAAAACACGGCACCCAUUUGCAAAACAGCUUUCUCAUACCUAAAUGUUUAUGUAUAACAGUCAAAAUGCUGCCCUUUGAUAACUUCCUUGUAAUAUCCUUGUAAAUACUAAGCUAAAGAGACGAUCUGGAUUGUUAAUCUCCUUAAGAACUCAUGUAUUUGGUCUGGUUAUUCAAGGUUCAAUAUUUUGAACCCAAUCGAAGCAUAUUUUUCCAAUAUUAUCUCAAAUACUUCAUAAUAGGUCUGGAUCCCGCGUAUGAAAAAAAAGUUGAUUAAUAGCAAGCUGAAAAUUUGUUAAUAGCUUAAGGGUGUCUAGUCGGACAAACUUUGAUAUAUGGGAACACUGGAACAGGGGAAGUUUUAAUUGUGGAACAGGUUAAAAAUUUGGAACGGUCAGACCACGAAAACGGCACAUGUAUUUUGUCCGACAGAACAUACUUAAACUCUUCGAACAGAGAUUAAACCCUCAUGCAAAAAUCAGACUGCUAUUUAUCACCAAGUUGGCGUUUUAAUGAGUGGAAUAUGUAGAAUAUGUCAAAUGACAGGAAUUAUGACAGAUGAUAAAUAGCAGUCUGAUUUUUGCAUGACAGUUUAAUCUCUGUUUGGAGAGUUUAAGUCUGUUCUGUCGGACAAAAUAUAUGUGCCGUUUUCGUGGUGUGACCGUUGCAAAUUUUUAAUCUGUUCCACAAUUCAAACUGCCCCUCUUCCAGUGUUCCCAUAUAUCAAAGUUUAUCCGACUAGACACACUUAAGCUAUUAACAAAUUUUCAGCUUGCUAUUAAUCAACUUUUUUUUCAUACGCGGGAUCCAGACCUAUAAGCGAAUAUUGAGAUAGACGGAAACAUUAUUGUUAUUAUUUUUUGUUAUACUUGUAUUUUUUCAUAUUUUCGUGAGGUUUGGCAUUGCUCUUCUGCUAUAUGAAUACGUAGUAGAAUUUUUGUUCACACUUCACAUACUAUAAUGCUUUGGAAAUAAACACCAAAUAAUAAAUACUAAGAUUUAUUACAUCAUUAAAUUAAAAAUUACUUUAUCAAACUAUCAUCUAAAAGCAAAGGUCUCUGUUAUAUAAUAUCUAAUAAUAAUUAAUUAAAUAUUUCUUCAAUACUGCUAUUUGUGUAAGUUUGAUGUAGGAUAUUUUAUACAGGAGCGAAACUGUUUGCGAAAUUUUUGAAAAAUUUGAAAAGUUUAAAAAAUGUUGAAAAAUUACCAGAAAUUUACCUGAACAGUAAGAGUACAAAUUUAUUAUUUUAGGAAAAUAUAAAAACAUAACUAUCUAAAUAUGCUUGUAGAUGAAUAUCUGUUACAUGCCAAAAUAGAUGAAGAAUUUAUGAACUAGAAUGCUAAAAAGUUAUUCCGCUUCAAAUAGUGUAACUUUUAUCUUGUAUUUAACUAAUCACUCACUUCUAGUAAAUAAUAUUUGAUAUUUUAACCUGGACUCCAAAGUGUACUAAUCCUCUACACCAGAUUUAGUGUUUUUUUAUUAGUCUUCAUAUAUGCAUAUUUAUAUGAAUAUGUAUAUUUUUAUUUGUAAGUAGUCUUGUGAGCUCUUUUGUAUGUUGUAAAUAAUAAAAUGUAACGAAUGGUAUGUACGUAUCUGUGACCUUUCUUCUUUUCUCUAAGAGAUGUCGCUACAGCGUCAUAAAAGUGGAUUUUAAUAUUAUUUUUAAAAUUCUACUUGUAUACGCAGUUUAUUUUCGUCUUGGUUCAGAGAUGUUCACGUAGCCUUACUGAAGACGUCUAGAGACAGAAACAGCUGUCUAGGGAUGGUGAAUAUCCUCUGAAUCAAAAGGAAACAUAAACUGUCGUUCAUUUCUAUCUUUAAAAUGUAACGAAUUUGUAUUUAAAUACUGUCAAGUCUGUAGCCUCUCGACAUAAUCUAUUUUUUUUUUUUUUUCAUAAUCAUCAGUACGAUGAUGAUUAUUACAAUUACAAUCCGGUUAUAAAUGACCAAUGAGCAAUUAUAAUGUAACCUAAAUUACUACUGUUCCUUAAAAUUAAGAGCUUACCCUAUAGCGUCCCUUAUCUAAACUAUCAAUGUAAUGCACUAUUCUAUAAUGCACACGCGCACAAGCACUAUGCUUUGCUUUUCACUAGCACUCAAACUAGUUCAAUAAGUUUAGUCCUCUUCAAUCUUCUAGGUUGCUCAGUAGUUUCGAGGAGCUGGAUUCCUAGGUCCUUAUGAGAGUCACUAUUUGCCACGUACUAAGGAGCAUCUACAAUGUUUCUCAGUAUUUUCUUCUGGAAUCUGUAUUGUAAUAUAGCUUGGUCUAGGACACCCCACAGUGGACAUCCAAAAGUCCAUAUAGGUCUCAAUAUUUGUUUGUAAAGGAGUAAAUUAUUAUAGAUCGACAGUGGAGUUUCUCCCAACUAGCCAAUACCUACAUUUUUUUAUAUCUUAUAUUUAGUUCUUCCCUUUUUCUUGAGGUGAGCCUUUCAGUGAGGUGUUAACAUUUAAUGUUAACCCUAAAUACUUAGCAGUAUCUGCAUAUGGUACGUGGAUAUUGUUGAUUAUAACUGUAUGUAGUGUAUGUUUUUGUUGUUGAAAUUAACAUGAACAAAUUUAGCUUCAUUAAACCUGAUUCUCCAUUUUUGUAUCCAUUUAUGGAAUUGGUUAACUGUUAUUUGGACCUUGUUGGUUGCCUCUUGAAUAGUCACCCUCACUGCUUGAAUAGCCGUAUCACAGUAUAUAGAGGUUCCUGGAACCUCUAUAUACUGUGGCCGUAUCAUCAGUAAAGGUGGUAACUGUGUUGUCCUCCAGUACAAGUACAUUACACAUGUAUAGUAGGUAUAAUACCGGACCCAACACACUGCCUUGUGGAACACCCGCCUUUUUAAAAUUUUAAGAGCUUUAAUAGAAACAAUUAAAUAAAUUGUGCACAAAUUUCUUCAUCUAGUUUAGCGAGAAAACUAUUUAAUGAGAUUAACAACAACCUUAUAAAAAACAAUAUUUAAGUGGCCGUAAAAUGUAAAUUCAAGAAUCUUGAAAACUAUAGCAAAUAAAAAAAUCUUCGUACUUAAAAACUUGAUUUACUCAUUCUCUUGUAUCAUCAUAAGAAAUUAACGAUUAAUUAGAACGUCGUAACAUGUCUCGUAAAUCACUUCCUCUUCUUUUUUAUGAUCAAGAUUAAUGUUUUCUUGUCUUGCACAAGAAGGAAAUAUACCAAUAUAAAUUGUUGGCCAUAAAACGUUUAUUUUAUUCUUAUGUCCCCAUAGCAAAUGCAAUCUUCUGUUUAAUAUUUCUUUUCUGUCUUUAUAUCAUAAACCUGUAAAAUAUUUGUAUAUUUAUUUUUGUAAUAGUUUACUUUAAAUUUAUUUCUAAAGGUGCUAGUAAUAGAGUUGAACUUACGCAGUUUAGAUGAGUAAAAAAAUGUAAAUAUCUUUUAUGUGUAUAUUAAUAAAAUAUACAAAUAUACAAGAACUUGCUGGCCGCAAGUUGACACGCAGCUCGUGAGGUGACGCAGGGUGAGUCACGGUGAAUUUCUGUGAAACACAGAAAUGAUACUAACACCGCAAAUUCUCGCGCAGAGUGACGUGACACAGUUUUCACGGUCCGUGAAACAGCGCUACGCAGUUCUCAUUCCGCAAAUUGUCACGGUGUGUGGAGGUGGAGGUAAGAUCCACGAACUUAGCAGGAAAGAAACACAUCACCUAAAAACCGGAAUGGGACGUUUCAUCGCCGCCGGUUCAUCACCGCCGUUUCGAUGCCGCCGGUUCAUCGCCAGUCCAUUUCAUCGCCGGCCGUUUCAUCGCCAGUUAGUCAGUUGAUCUUGUAUUAUGGGAGAUGACACGACACGACGUUAAAUUCAGUUCAAAACUUAUGCCAAAUAAAUAGAUAAAAAAUAUUAUUAUAUUAAUUUACUGUUCUAUUUCUACUUCCCCUAAAUUUGAUACUAAACAGUAUUAAAUUUGUAGUGUUAAAUUAUAUUUUAUAUUAUAAAAGUUUAAAAGUCUAUUAAAAGAUUAAGUAUGGCAACGGGAAUGGUCAUAUCUCGCAUUUCCUAGAAUGCCUAAUUAAUACUAAAAAUAAAUAAUAAAUGUAACUGUCGAAAAUUCGAAAAUAUAUCAGUUAGCGAUUAACUGACUGGCGAUGAACCGGCGGCAUCGAAACGGCCGACGAUAAAUCGGCCGGCGAUGAACUGGCGGCAUCGAAACGGCGGCGAUGAAACGUCCUAGACCCCCUAAAAACAGUAGGCGCAAACUCUGUUUCAAUUUGCGCUCAUCCAGUAACCAGCAGUUUUUCCUCACCAUGACUCACCUAUAGUCCGUCCGCUAUAACUUUUCCCAUGCGGUACGAUUAAUUUUCAAUCAAAUUAAGUCAAAACAGAAAGUGAAACGUACGCCGAUGUGUGUAGUAUAUAGUAUACAGUAUAAAAAAUGUAUAUACACAUCGAUGUUCGUUUCAAUUUAUGUUUUGACUUAAUUUGAUUGAAAAUGAAUCAUAACGCAUGGGAAAAGUUAUAGCGGACGGACUAUAAGUCACCUCACCAAGCAGCGUGUCAACUUGCGGCCAACCUCUUCUUCUUUUAUAGUUUUAUGGGAAAUAUUGCUCAGAUAAAAAGUUUUUAUGUAGUGUAUACUUCUUAUUACAAACCUUAAUGUACUUUAAAAAUUAAUUGUGUGAUCAACUCUAUUAAAUACCUUAAUAAAAGUUAUUAACUUUA